UUCGCAACACGUGCGGUUGGACAAAUUUAUGAAAUUCUUGGAUUUGGCGAAAGUUUGGCAUUAACUCAAAGCUUUUGCGGUAUAAAUACUACAGAAAUUAAAAUUAAUUAACUACUGAAUGCCCCAAGAUGAACAACGAUCCGCACAAAUACAGCGACGCCGAGGAGGACGAAGAAGACUUGCAGAAUUCCGAAUGGGUAAACGACUUUAAGACGCUCACCGUGAAGCACGAGAUCUUUAAGGACAUAAAGCUGACGCCCAAGGAGGUCAGCGAUGACCUGGCACAAGUAAUAGUGCCUUCCAACGGAGAGGAAGAACUGGAAGACGAAGACGCGGAGGAAUACGAUGAGGAGGACUACGACGAUGCAGGCGAUGACUACGAUGCCUACGAGGAGGCCUACACGGGCUUCAACAAGCUUCAUGCCCAGCCGCAGCUCACAAACGCUAGUGGGGGUGGCUCCGGCGGAGGAGCUGGUGGCCCACAGCGCGUCAGCAGCUACCAACCCAACGAUAAACUGCUUCGCCGCUACUCCGCCCGUAUCAACGUCGAGAAGUACGACCCCACCACGAACAUGAGCGCCCAGGCGGCCAACCGGCUAGUGAACUUCGAUAGGCGCGAGCGGACACAGGUUCGCGACAAACACGACCGGGCCACCGCCGAACAGGUUAUGGAUCCGCGCACCCGGAUGAUACUCUUUAAGCUGCUGAACCGUGGCCUCAUACAGGAGAUCAACGGCUGCAUCUCGACGGGCAAGGAGGCGAAUGUCUACCAUGCCGUGUCCAAGAACGGCGACGAAGAGUUUGCCAUCAAGAUCUACAAGACGUCCAUUCUGGUGUUCAAGGACCGCGAUAAGUACGUGUCCGGCGAGUUCCGAUUCCGGCACGGCUACUGCAAGCACAAUCCUCGCAAAAUGGUCCGCACCUGGGCGGAGAAAGAGAUGCGAAACUAUCUGCGAAUGCGCAACGCCGGCGUUCCAGUCCCGGAACCGAUCCUGUUGCGCUCACAUGUCCUGGUCAUGCGUUUCUGUGGUCGCGACGGAUGGCCCGCCCCGAAACUCAAGGAUGUCGAGCUGAGCACUUCAAAGGCUCGCGAGUUGUAUAGGGAUUGUGUGGUCAUCAUGUGGCGCAUCUACAACCAGUGUCGCCUGGUGCACGCCGAUCUUUCGGAGUUUAACAUCUUGCUGCAAGAUGGUCAGCUGGUGAUAAUCGAUGUCAGUCAGUCAGUGGAGCACGAUCAUCCGCAUUCCUUUGACUUUCUACGCAAGGACUGCACCAACAUAUCGGAGUUUUUCCGCAAAAGAGCGGUGGCCACGAUGACCGUUAAGGAGCUGUUCGACUUCAUCACCGACCAGACCAUCACCGUGGAUAACAUGGAGGAGUGCCUGGAGCGCAUCUCGGAUCGGAUCAAGGAUCGUGACUUUGACGCUAUCUCGGCACAGGAGAAAAUCGAUGAGGCUGUGUGGCAAAACACUUACAUUCCCAAGCGACUAGACGAGGUUCGUCAUUUUGAGCGGGAUGUGGCCAAGGCCAAGCAGGGUGUGCAGCAAAAUCUCAUCUACGGCAAGAUUACCGGCCUGACACCGGAUUUGGAUGUGCAGCAGCAGCCUGACGUCCUGGAAUCCCAAACUGGCAAACAGGAGGAGGCUAAUGAUGCCCAAACUAGCGACAGCGAGGACGAGGACUCACAGGAAAACGACAACGAGGAUGAUGCCAGCCGGUUUAAGAAAUCAGCUAGACCACGGGAGGAGUCUCCGGAGAGUAAAAAGGCUCGCAAGAAGGCCGUAAAAGAUGCCAAAGCCGAGCAGCGCAAGGUGAAAGUAAAAAAGCACGUGAAGAAGCGCAAAGAGAAAAUGGGCAGCAUGAAGAAAUAGAGCUGUACCUGUUUUUAAAUAUAGCAGUGAGUUUAAGUUAUAAUUAUUUGAUUUUUAACUUAGCAGCAUCGUAAAAAGAUUAAGUUUAUUAUGAAUAUUUUUGUAUGUGUUAAAUCAGCAUAUAAAUAUUGGUCGCGAUUUUAAUGUUGCCGAAUUUUAAAUUUAAUUUUUUUUAACCACAAACCUUAAAUGUAGAUUUGAAACCCAUCAAAAAAUUCUAAAGAUAUGCGAUGAACCUUAAGUUGAGAUCAUUUCUUUGUAAAUAGUUAACUAAUUGGUUGUGUGAUCGGCACAUCAUUAAAAUAAAUAUUAAACAAACAUUUAAA